GCCAAUCUUGUUCCGAGUCGAGAAUUUCUGCUGACGGCUUUCCAGNNGGUCGGCUACAGUAUCUCGGCAUUCUUCAUUUGCUUGACUGGUCGUGUCGGUGCUGUCUAUCACAUCUCUUUCCCAGUCAUGAACAGGUCUUCGUUCGGUAUCUUUGGUUCGUUGUGGCCUGUAUUGAAUCGCGCUCUGAUGGCAUGUAUCUGGUACGGCGUGCAAGGCUGGAUUGGCGGCGAAUGUGUCUACCUGAUGAUCCUUGCUAUUUGGCCCUCCUUCGGCACACGGGCCUCGUUGACCAAGGAGAUUGCUCUUGGUGGCACUGUCAACUACCUCAUCGGCUUCAUUCUCUUCUGGGCCGGUUCUCUUCCUUUCAUCUGGUUCCCCGUCCACAAGGUCCGCCACCUCUUCACGGUCAAGGCCGUUGUUGCACCCACAGCAGGUAUUGCCUUCCUCAUCUGGGCACUCGUCAGAGCUGGUGGUGCAGGCAAGAUCAUCCACGAACCUGCAAAAGCCCAUGGUUCCGAGCUUGCCUGGGCCGUCAUCACAGGCAUCAUGUCUUCCGUCUCCAACUUUGCGACUUUGAUCGUCAAUGAUCCUGAUUUCUCUCGUUUUGCAAGCAAGCCCAGUGAUGCUUUGCUUCCUCAAUUCAUCACCAUUCCUUUGGGCUUUGGUCUCACCUCUCUCAUCGGUAUCCUUGUCGGCUCUGCCUCAGCAGUCAUCUACCCUGAACUCGGUGCAGUCUGGAACCCCCUCGAACUUCUGAAGGCCUUUAUCACCGAGGACGGUCACGGCAGUGCAGGCGCAAGAGCAGGCGUCUUUCUCAUCGCAGCCGCUUUCGUUGUUGCCCAACUCGGUACCAACAUUGCUGCUAAUUCCAUCUCUGCAGGCACAGACUUGACUGCUCUGUUUCCUCGCUACAUCAACAUUCGUCGUGGCGGCUACAUCUGCGCCGUCAUCGGUAUUGUCAUCUGUCCUUGGCAAUUUGUCGCUGGCUCAAGCACCUUCACCACUUAUCUGUCUGCAUACUCGGUGUUCCUUUCUGCCAUUGCUGGACCGAUGAUCAUCGAUUACUACUGCGUUCGCAAGGGAUAUCUCCAAGCCCGCGACUUGUACUCUGCAGAUGUGAAUGGCCCUUACUACGGCAACUUCGGCAUCCAGUGGCGUGGCUAUGUAGCCUACAUCUGUGGUAUCCUCAUCAACGUGGUGGGUUUUGCCGGCGCGUGUGGAGCUUCUGUACCCAUCGGUGCAACCUACAUCUACCGCCUCAACUUCUUUACCGGCUUUGUGGUCAGUGGAGGUGUUUACUACAUUCUGUGUUUGAUUGCUCCCGUCAAAGCACCCAAUCCUGUGGGAAGCUGGCUGGAGGCUCCAGAGCCUGAUGAAGAGGAUUUGAGGAAUGUGGUUAGUCAUGGCAAGGAUGUGGGAGAGUAUUCGAGUGGGUUGGAUGUGGAAAACCAAGGAGGCUUCUUUAGGAAGAAGAUGGAUGCUAUCACAAAAGCUUUGUAG